GAUCUCCCUGAGACCACAGCAUCACCUCCUCAGCACCAGAGGAGCCAGACCACUCCGGUUCUGUCGGUACCGUCUCAAACUCUCCUCCCUUUUCUCGGAGGGGUCCGUGAUGUGAACCGGCGUCUCCUCAGAACCCCGCAGACGUUCCGUGACGGACUCCGUCACACUCCGCAGCUCCGGUCUCGCCUUUUUAAACCUUCUGACUUGUUUCUAACGGAACCGGAACCGGAGGUGCGUUUUGGAUCCAGAUCAGGAGUUUACAAUGACCGCCACCAAAGAACCGCCGAACCAGCCGCAGCAGGACGAGGACCUGGGCGGAGUCAGUCCUCCUCAGAGGAACUGGAAGGGCAUCGCCAUCGCUCUGCUGGUCAUCCUGGUGGUCUGCUCCCUCAUCACCAUGUCCGUCAUCCUCCUCACUCCAGCUGACAACCAAGCAGGAAGUGACACCAAACUGACGGUGGAGGAUUUAUUCAAACCGGAGUUCAAGGUCCACGACCCGGAGGCCAAAUGGAUCAACGACUCUGAGGUCAUCUACAGGAACAGCGACGGCCACGUCAUCAAGUUCAACAUCAUCACCAACAAGACCGACAUCAUCCUGACCAACACCACCUUUAUUAAUUUCAACGUGGCCAAAUAUUCGGUGUCUCCUGAUCUGAAAUACGUCCUGUUUGCCUAUGAUGUGAAACAGGUGUACCGUCACUCCUACGUGGCAUCCUACAGCAUCUAUAAUAUUCACACACGGGAGGUCUGGGAGCUGGAUCCUCCUGAGGUGGUGAACUCCGUCCUUCAGUACGCUGCCUGGGGAGUCCAAGGCCAGCAGCUGAUCUACAUAUUUGAGAACAACAUCUACUACCGCUCUCAUGUGAAGAGCAACUCCCUCAGGCUGACGUCUUCAGGGAAGGAAGGGGUCAUCUUCAACGGGAUCGCCGACUGGCUUUACGAAGAGGAGAUCCUGCAGACCCACACGGCUCACUGGUGGUCACCUGAUGGGGAGAGGUUGGCCUUCCUGGUUCUCAACGACUCUCUGGUGCCCAACAUGGCGUUACCUCGCUUCACUGGCUCAACGUACCCGAAAGGAAAGCAAUACCCCUACCCAAAGGCGGGCCAGCCCAAUCCGAUGGUGAAGCUCUACGUGGUGAACAUCUACGGGCCGACACACACGCUGGAGCUGAUGCCUCCUGAGAUGCUGAGGCUGCGGGAACACUAUGUGACGAUGGUGAAGUGGAUCGGUAAGACCCGCACGGCGGUGAGGUGGCUGAACCGGGCCCAGAACAUCUCCAUCCUGACGGUGUGCGACUCCACCACCGGAGCCUGUGUCACGACACAUGAAGAAAGCUCUGAGCUGUGGCUUUCAAAGCAGAACCAAGAACCAGUUUUCUCCAACGACGGCAACCGAUUCUUCCUAACGGUCCCGGUUAAACAAGGAGGGAGAGGGGAGUUCCACCAUAUCGCCAUGUUCACAACACAGCUCCGAGCCGAUCAGAACGAGGUCAGACAUCUAACAUCUGGGAACUGGGAGGUGACCCGGAUCAUCUCCUAUGACGAGAGCAAUGAUAACCUAUAUUUUCUCAGUACUGAAGGAUCGCCACGGCGACAGCAGCUCUACAGUGUGAAAACGGUGGGAUUGUUUCCACGGAGAUGUCUAACCUGUGAGCUAAAUAAAGCUCACUGUCUUUACGUCGACGCCGACUUCAGCCCAUCCACCCAGAACGUCCUCCUGCGCUGUAAAGGUCCCGGCGCUCCGGCGGUGAUUCUCCACAGCCUCAAUGACUCCAAUUACUUCAUCCUUGAGAGCAACUCACUGCUGAAGGCGGCGCUGAAGCACAAACGGAUCCAGCUGACGGACUUCAGAAACGUUCACAUAGAACAUUUUGAUUUACCUCUGAAGAUUUCCUACCCGAUGGACUUCUCCGAGUCCCGUCAUUAUGGCCUGCUGCUGAUCGUUGACAGCGCCCCCGGUGGUCAGGCCGUGAGCGACCGUUUCUCCCUCAGCUGGGACUCGGUUCUGGUCAGUUCUGAUAACGUCAUCGUGAUCCAAUUGGACGGUCGGGGCAGUGGCUUCCAAGGUCAGAGGAUCCUCCACGAGGUCCACCAGAGGCUGGGAACGGUGGACGUUCAGGACCAGGUGGCUGCUGUAGAAUACAUGAUGAAGUUUCCGUACGUCGACCGAACACGGAUAGCGGUGUAUGGAAAGGGUUACGGAGCCUAUCUCACCUUAAUGAUGCUGAAGUCCACCGACAACCUGUUUAAGUGUGCGUGUGCCGUGUCCCCAGUAACAGACUGGAAGCUCUACGCGUCAGCCUUCUCGGAGCGCUACCUCGGCAUGCCGUUACGAGAUGACAGCAGAUAUCAGUUUUCCAGUUUGCUGCAGAACGUCCAGGCUCUGAGGGAGCAGACUCUGAUGCUGGUGCACGGCACGGCAGACGCCAACGUUCACUUUCAGCAUACCGCUGAGCUCGUCAAGAACCUGGUGAAGGUUGGAGCCAACUACUCGAUGCAGAUCUACCCGGACGAGGGUUACUUCCUGUCGCAGCAGAGCCGCCGGCAUCUUUACUCCACACUGACCAGCUUCUACAGGGAGUGUCUAAAGGAGGAGCUGCUACCGCUGCCUGAUGGUGAAGAGGAAGAAGAAGAGGAGUGAGACCAGAAGAACUUUUCUGAAAUCUAUCAAAGCCUUUUGGACUCUGUCAGAGCUGCUGAGGCUCUGAGUGUGUGUGUGUGUGUGUGUGUGUGUGUGUGUGUGUGCGUGCGUGCGUGUGUGUGUGUGUUGGACACCACAGCGACACCACUGGGACUGAACUGGUUCGGACCUCCUAGCAUCAAGUCAUUCUGGGACACUCGGGUCUUGGCAGGGCACACGGAGGAUGUCUCACAUGUGUUGCAGGUUUUUUUAGACUGCAGUCAUCAAGUUAACUAAGUGCAUGGUCCCCAUUAGCCCCCCUGUGUGCAAGGUCCUGGAACAUCAUACACACCUGAUUUCCUCUGUUGCAUCACCUGGAUCAACGCUCCACCAUCACUUCCUGUUGGCAUAACCACACUCACCCUGGAAGCAAAUGUGCAUUGCCUUAUAAGGACUUCCUGUAAUUCUGUUAAAGCAGUCAUGUUGAAGAGAUAGCUGACUUUAAUCUUACCUGAGGUUCAGGUGGUUUCCAUGGAAACAUGCCUGCAAACAAAUGCAUUAAAUCAAUGUUCUUAA